GGCAGCUCACACACAUACACACAUACAUACGUACAUACACACACACACAUACAUACAUACAUACAUACAUACAUACAUACACACAUGCAUACAUACAGUAAAUUAUAGAAUGUCCUAAUAGCAAGGUCCAGGCCAGCCAGAGUAUAUAGUGAGACCCUAGCUCAAAAAAUGUUUAAGUCUUUCUUAGGCCACAUACACUGGCACAUGCCUGUAAUCUCUGAGGAUGCUGAUGCAGAAGGACUCACAUUCAGUGCCAGCAUAGGCUGUAUGUUAAGAUCCUGACUCAAACCAAACAAGCACAGUGUGGUGGCUGACACCUAAAAUCCCAACAUGCGGUACACUGGGGAAGGAGGAAAGCUGAGUUUAAGGCCAGUCUUGGGAAGAGUGACACUGCUCCCAAAGCAUACACAAAGUCCCAAACACAGAGAAGCACACUUAGAGUGUAGCCGGUGCACGAUCUGGUCACGGAUGCAACCUUGUGUUUAGUGUUCUGAGUUUUUACUGGGCAGGUCUCUACCACUCUCGAGCUGCCGGCUCCCAGCUGUUAUUAUUGUAUCCACACUUUUUGACUGUGAGACAUCCUGGUCCUGCCAGACACCGGCUGUAGAAGGUCCUCUAUAGAGUUAUGUUCAGUCCUGGCCCCCAGUGGGGUGAAGUCCUGCCCCCUUGAUGCAGCACCUGUGCCUGGUUAUUUCUGUCAGCUGGCAGGAACAGAAAGCCCUGCAGAGAGGAGAGAAUGGAAGUCAAAGCAGUAAGACACAGAUCCCAGGGGCAGGAUGAGUCAGCUGGGAGACUGGAAGUCCCAAGACCCAAGUACUAGUUGUCUCCGUCUGAUCAUGAUCAGAAGCAUCUUCCUGUUUCUGGAUCGCACCUAUGUCCUCCAGAACUCCAUGCUGCCUUCUAUCUGGGACAUGGGCCUGGAGCUCUUCAGGAGCCACAUCGUCAGCGACAGGAUGGUGCAGAGUAAGACCAUCGAUGGGAUCCUGCUGCUGAUUGCCCGUGAGCGCAGUGGCGAGGCGGUGGACAGGAGCCUGCUUCGGAGUUUGCUAAGCAUGCUCUCGGAUCUCCAGGUGUAUAAAGACUCGUUUGAGCUGAAGUUCCUGGAAGAGACUAACUGUCUAUACGCUGCCGAAGGCCAGAGGCUGAUGCAGGACAGGGAGGUUCCAGAAUACCUUAACCAUGUGAGCAAACGUCUAGAAGAGGAAGCAGACCGAGUGAUCACUUAUUUAGACCACAGCACACAAAAACCGUUGAUUGCCUGUGUUGAGAAACAGCUGUUAGGAGAACAUUUGACAGCAAUUUUGCAGAAAGGGCUCGAGCACCUGCUGGAUGAGAACAGGGUGCCCGACCUCACCCAGAUGUACCAGCUCUUCAGCCGGGUGAAAGGAGGGCAGCAUGCAUUGCUGCAGCACUGGAGCGAGUACAUCAAGACCUUUGGGACAACCAUUGUCAUCAACCCUGAGAAAGACAAAGACAUGGUCCAAGACUUGCUGGACUUUAAAGACAAAGUGGACCACGUGGUGGAGGUGUGCUUCCAGAGAAACGAGCGCUUCAUCAACCUGAUGAAGGAGUCCUUCGAGACGUUUAUCAACAAGAGACCAAACAAGCCUGCAGAGCUCAUUGCCAAGCACGUGGAUUCAAAGUUACGAGCGGGCAACAAAGAAGCCACAGACGAGGAGCUGGAGAGGAUCCUGGACAAGAUCAUGAUUCUGUUCCGGUUCAUCCAUGGUAAAGAUGUCUUUGAAGCAUUUUAUAAGAAAGACUUAGCAAAAAGGCUGCUGGUGGGGAAGAGCGCUUCGGUGGAUGCCGAGAAGUCCAUGCUGUCCAAGCUCAAGCACGAGUGUGGAGCUGCGUUUACCAGCAAGCUGGAGGGCAUGUUCAAGGACAUGGAGCUUUCCAAAGACAUCAUGGUUCACUUCAAGCAGCAUAUGCAGAACCAAAGUGCACCAGGCCCCAUUGACCUCACGGUGAACAUACUCACCAUGGGCUACUGGCCCACAUACACACCCAUGGAAGUGCACCUCCCUCCAGAGAUGGUCAGACUUCAGGAAGUAUUCAAGACGUUCUACCUGGGCAAGCACAGUGGCCGGAAGCUGCAAUGGCAGACAACGCUGGGACAUGCCGUGUUGAAGGCAGACUUUAAGGAGGGGAAGAAGGAAUUCCAGGUGUCGCUCUUCCAGACGCUGGUGCUGCUCAUGUUCAAUGAGGGGGAUGGAUUCAGCUUCGAAGACAUAAAGAUGGCCACCGGCAUAGAGGACAGCGAGUUGCGAAGAACACUGCAGUCUCUUGCCUGUGGUAAAGCACGGGUCCUGAUUAAAAGUCCCAAAGGAAAGGAGGUGGAAGACGGGGAUAAGUUCAUCUUCAAUGGAGACUUCAAACACAAGCUGUUCAGAAUAAAGAUCAAUCAAAUCCAGAUGAAGGAAACCGUUGAAGAACAGGUUAGCACCACAGAGAGAGUAUUCCAGGAUAGACAGUACCAAAUUGACGCUGCUAUAGUCAGAAUAAUGAAAAUGAGGAAGACACUUGGUCAUAAUCUUCUAGUUUCUGAAUUAUACAAUCAGCUGAAAUUUCCAGUGAAGCCUGGAGAUUUGAAAAAGAGAAUUGAGUCACUUAUAGACAGAGACUAUAUGGAACGAGACAAAGACAGUCCAAAUCAAUACCACUACGUGGCGUGACACGCCAGCAGAUGGCCGUCUCCCAGAGACAGACACACACGAAGCACCUGAGAGUGUGAAGCUGCUGUGCUGUGUCCCGGUCCCCGCAGCUGCCCCAACUGUGGACGCUUGGAUUCGGAGCAGAGGAUGUGGUUCUUGGCUCAUCCUUCCCAGGGCACAAGGACUCUGAGAUGACACCCAUCCUUCCUCCCUGCUCUUCCCCUACUUCUUUCUUGUUUCUGUUACUCUCUGACUUUGCGUUGAGAAGUUCCUUCACAAGCUCUUGUUCCUCUGGCAGAAAGCCACAGGCUUGGUUUGUUGUGUGUGUGAUAGUGGGACACAGUGGAAAUACCCUAGGUGCUGUGUUCUUCCCCAGAUGCAGACUCAGAGAGAGAGCCCUGGGCUGGUGGGCACUGGGAAGAAACCGUCCAGGCUGCCACUCGGCUCUCUGCACCCUGAGCAUUGGCCUCUCUUCUGUGUAUUUUCAGAAAGUUGGAAACUUUGGCUUCUAUAAAUCAGGUUUCUAAGUGAGGUCCCUGAUGUGCCAAGAGGACAUCAUGUCUGUCAUUAGAUACAGCUCACCCAGAGGGCUGCUUGUCGUUUGUUUAGGGGCUUGGGGGUUUCAUGUUUGUUUCCAUGUUGGUUGAGUGUGGAGGUCCUGGUUUUGGCUUUGGGGUGACUGCUGUUUGACUGUUGAAGUUGCAGUUUGUGUGAUUACCAUAAUAAAAUUGGGCCUGGUUUUAUAGUCUUGCACAGAGACCAUCCUGGAUCUCUGCCCUGGCACUCACUAUAUGGAGCUUAGUUAUGUUUGUCCAAAGGACUUGUUGGUUCCUGGUGACACAGUGUGUGUGCACAUGAGGUUGAGCAGCGAGAACGAGGCUCCAUCGUGGUGUUGGCAUGGUGAUGAUGACAGACACUUUUGCAACAUUUAAAAGUACUUUAUAUUUUACAAAGUAGCAUGUUUCAUUUUGAUUAAAAGCUACCAAAGGAAUUUUGAUCAUGUAUAAGUGUUUAAAGCAAUAUUUUCUGGAAUAUACCAAGUUUAUAUAACUCGAUUUUAUGCUAAAUUAUUAAAGGAUUCUCCCUUUUUGAAACAUGCAUGUUUAAGAUAGGACAUCUUUUGGGUCCCCAUAUUAAACCUGACUCUUUAAGUACCAUUUCUGUAUUUGUACAUUUUCAUUUAUGAGUUCUAUGAUGUGGUCUCUGAAAGACCAAAUAGAUUUCUAUUUCUACUUCUUAUACUUUAAGUUCAUUGUGUCUACAGAUUGUUAAUAUUGUAAUUUAAUGUAGACUUACUUUGAAUAAAACCAGUUUAAUUGGCCUUUAAA